UACACAUGAAGUACGAGGUGUACGCUUGCAUGCAUGAAGUAGUCUGUAUACGUAGAUUAUAAUUAUGAAAAAAGUCCCGCUCCCCUCUUUUGCUAUAAAAAGCGGUAGGGGUUAUAGGCAGAGUUAUCAGAGGUUAUAAGAUCAGGGUUUGAGAGCAUUGAGAAAGCGAGAAACUAUUUUCUGGUUUUCGUUUGCGAUAUGGAAGAACCUAAGCAACAAGGCAAGAAUAUGACAGACAACCCCAAAACAGAGGGUCAAAGCUCAGGAACACCGUCGUCUGAUAAUGCUGGAGAAGGGGAGCAAGAGCAACAGACUAAUCCUCGAGAAACGAGGAUCACUACAGCAAAAGAUAAAGUGGGAAAUGUAGUGGAAGUGAUACGGGGGGUGCUGGAAUCUUCCACCAGAGCAGUUGCCCUCACAGGGAGACCUGGAGUAGGGAAAACAUGGCUGGCCAAACAAAUAACCGAGUCCGCUGUCAGUCCAGAAGGUCCCUUCUACAUGUCUCUUUGGACGUCUCUGAGCCUGAAUCAAAAGAAGGACGAUAUGUCUCUUUUUCAAUCCAUUGCGCGCCAGUUGUCCAUCCCUAACUUGGGCAGUAUGUGGGAAGAUGCCGAUGACAUGGACGACGACGACAAAAGGGAGGAGGUUGCUGGAAAAGAGCUGGAGGCAAAGGUAAGAGGCGAACUUAAGAAGAGAUACGAGGAAUAUAAGAGGAAUGAGGAUCCGGAAAAAAAACACAAGUUUCUUUUGGUGGUGUUGGAUUGUGAAGGGGAGGUCAAAUCUGAAGAUUAUAAAGAAAUCAUGGAUCAGAUACUCUCUCCGGAGGACUAUAAGAAUGACGACGACAAAUCCCUUACCAAUGUCUUAAUCACAUCAAGGGAACUUGGAAACCUUGAUUCUAUCGAGAAGAAAGUCCAACCCUAUUCGGGAGAUGAGGCUGUGGCUUUCUUAAAAGACAGGGUUGACAACCAUGUUUCUCUGCGUUCCAAGUUCCAAAUAUUAUGUGCUGACAUUAAAAAGAGAAGCCAGGUUUUGCCUGCUGAAAUUAUCAUGUUAGCUGAAGCCUUAAAUCACACUGCAACAGGCGAGCUGGACAGUGCUUUCGAUGCAGCACAUCUCAUUUUGGAGGCCGCUGGAAAUGAUCAUGUGAUUCCGCUUCUUCCUUUCAUUUAUGGCCAGUUGCCAGAUGACAAUUGCUUGAUCGAUUGCUUUUGGCAUAGCCGGAACUUGCUGGGGAAACAUGGGGGUGUUCAGUACAAUGAGCUGAUCGCUCGCUGGAUACUCGAAGGCCAUCUUGAUCUUGCUGAUGGUAUCAGGAAGGCUUACAACAAGGGAUACAACGUGAUGAUGGAGCUUGUAGAUCGUGGCAUGCUGAAGAUGCAAGAGGACAAUCUUAUUGUUCUGGAAAGAGCGACGCUUGAUCUUGAGGACCGUAACUGUCGAGAAUUGUUCGAAACAUCCAACCUGGGGUUGGCCGGCAUGCUUGAGGAUAAAGGUCGCAAAGUUUUUGAAAGAAUGACACCUACUGAUGGCAUGAUGAAGACAGUGAAAGUGGACAAGGAAGGGAAAUCAGUCUCCUCGCUACUGAUUGAUGGAAGCCAUUUCUCGAGAGAAGACCCUGAAAAAUUCUUUGAACAAAAGCAGCAUCUCGAAGUUCUUGCCCUUUUCAAUCCCAGGCUGACAUGUAUCCCAGACCCCAUACCUAAAAUGAACAAUCUGCUUCUGCUUGUCAUCAGAGGCUGUUAUCUGCUUCAGACAGUCGAUUGCAUUAAGGGUCUCAAAGAAUUAGUGGCACUUGAGAUAACUGGUUCACCCUUGCUCAAGGAAAUGGCAACUGAUUUUUUUGCUGAAAUGACCAAACUUAGAAGCCUUAAUCUAUCUGCACUGGGAAUCAAGUCAUUGCCUGAUGUCUUCAAACUGACUGCACUUCGGAGGCUCACCCUUAGAAACUGUACUUACCUGGUAGCACUGCCAAAGCUAGCCAAUCUCAAAGACCUCGAGGUAUUUGAUGUUUCUGGAUCCUCCAAUUUGAAUAGGCUCCAAGAAAAAAGUUUCCAGUCAUUUCAUAAACUUCGAUUCGCUGAUUUCUCUGGAACCAGCAUCGAGAAAUUACCAAUUGUUCAGAAACUUGAAAAUCUAACCAUCCUCUUGGUUAGAGGAUGUGUUCGUUUGUCUGGACUGCGAUUUAUGAAGCAUCUGCACAAGCUCAAGGUUCUUGAUGUUUCAGGUGCUACUAAGAUAAAGGAGAUAUUCUAUGAUUGCUUUACUGAUACUGACAACCUGAAAAUCCUUGAUCUAUCAGAAACCGAUAUUAGAUUUUUGCCUGAAAGCCUUGGCAAAAGUCUAUGUGAUCUCAAACUUAAAGGUUGUUCCAAGCUUGAAAGACUCCUGGACACAAGAAACCUCACUAACCUAGAGUUACUCGAUCUUUCCGAUUGCUCUAGUCUAAAAGCGUUUCCAAACAACUUUUUUGAGCACCUGACCAGUCUUAAGUCCCUAGACCUCUCAAACUCCCAAGUUAAAAGUUUUCCAUCUCAUUUCGACCUUCCCUAUCUUCGCCACCUUUUGCUAAAGAAUUGCUCGUUCGAAAGUCUUCCAGAGUCGAAAACCUUUGGCUCUUUUGACAAACUUCGUAACCUUGUGGAACUUGAUCUCUCAGGUUGUAAGAGCCCAGCUGAGCAAUUGCCAAGCUUGGAACAUCUUACAGACCUUGAGGUUAUUAAUCUUUCAGGUUAUAAGGCUCUGUCAGAAAUAGAUGCUUCCUUUGAGCACAUGUCUUGGCUUCAAGUUCUCAAUCUCUCAGAAACCAAGGUUUCAAGCUUACCAAAACUAAGCAAUCACAGCAAACUCCGUUCCCUUAUCCUAAAUAACUGCACCGAGCUCCGAACUUCUCCAGAUUUUGAUAUCCUUUUAAAACUUGAAGAGCUUGACCUGCGUGGUACAUGCUCUUUGACGAAUAUCAAAGCAGAAAAUUUGAGUCGCCUGACUCAGCUAAAAACUCUUAGGUUAUCUAAAAGCGCUUUUGAGGCCACUCAAUCUUAUUUACCAAAUUUGGAACAACUUGAGGUUCUGGAUCUUUCUGGAGAAGAAGAUGUUGAGUUUGUGCCCUCUCUCGACAAUCUUAUCAGGUUACGCCAGCUCUUGCUAGGGGGUUGUUCGAAGUUAAAUAAGUUGCCACCACUGAAUUCACUGAGUCAGCUUGAGGUGCUUGAUCUAUCAGGUACCAAAGUACCAAAGAUUGGAGAAGAAAUUUGGAAUUUAAAAUUAAAACGCCUUCAUCUACCGGAGGGGGCGAUUGAAGAAUUUAACAGUGGAAUUCGUAGGAAAAAGCUCGAGCACCUUCCAUUGGAGCUAAAGCUGGAUCACUGUUAUGUCUCUAAGCCUUCAGAGAUUCCUCAAGGGGAUAAGGUGCCACUACCAAGAAUAGUUGUGCUGGGCGUAGAACUCCUCAAAAGUUUGAAGGAAGAUUCUGCAUUACUGGAGCGUAUCAGGCAUUCAAUUUUCUCUGUUCGAGCACAACCCAAAAAGGAGGACAAUUACAGUGAUAGUCGUAAGCAUAUCUUCAGUUGUAUCUACUCCAAGAUCAAAAAGCUUCCUUCUAAGGAAAAAGAUGACCAAUGUUUGGAAAUCCAAGGAUUUGAUGUUUUUCCUUCUGAUAUUGAGGUUCUUCUUGAGCAUGCCACAUAUGUCUUUUUGGUUGAAAAUGGUUUUUUGAAAAACUUGUCUGAUUUAAAGGCUGACAGCUUGAAGAACAUCAGAGGCUGUUGGUUAGAGAGGUGCAACAACGUGGAAGAAAGCAUCUUCGUGGAGGCAGAUCUUGGGAAGUGGGGAACCCUUGAGAUUCUAUGGAUUUCGAACCUUCCCAAAUUGAAGAGUUUGUACGAGGAGAAAGUACAAUCCCUGAGUUUUGGGAGCAUAAAGCAUUUGUACAUUGACUGCUGCCCAAAGCUUGAGACGGUUUUCCCAUCAUGGCUGAUCGCUGAAAACCUUGAAACUCUCCAAAUUACAUUCUGUGAUAAUCUAAAGACUUUGUUUGGAGAUAACGGGUCGAACGGUGAGAAAGAGCAGACCUGGAAUCCAGAAGAUACGAGGCCCACAAACAAGAAAGAGCAGCGUGCUACGGGUUCAGAAGACAAGAAAGUGCACGAAACCAAGAGUUCAGCCAAAGAAAAGGUGCAGCCGAAGAGUCCCAUAAAUAAGAAAGAGGAAGUGCAGCCCGAGACCUUAACAGACAAGGAAGAGCAAGAGAAGGCGCAGCAGCCCGAGAGUUUACCAGACAAGGAAGGGAAAGAUGCGCCCAAGAGUUUACCGGACAAGGAAGAGAAAGAGGAGGCGCAGCAGCCCGAGAGUUUACCAGACAAGGAAGAGAAAGAUGCGCCCAAGAGUUUACCAGACAAGGAAGAGAAAGAGGAGGCGCAGCAGCCCGAGAGUUUACCAGACAAGGAAGAGAAAGAAGCGCCCAAGAGUUUACCAGACAAGGAAGAGAACGAGGAGGCGCAGCAGCCCGAGAGUUUACCAGACAGGGCUGCAAAUCCAGCAAACAUGCAGGAGGAGCAGGCUGUGAGUUCAGCAGACAUGAAAAAGAUCAAACUCAAGCAUUUGCAUAUAUCCUAUUGCCCAAUGCUUGAAACUGUUUUCUCAUCAGGGCAAGUGCCUGAAAACCUCGAAAUUCUCCGAGUCAAGCAUUGUGAUGAGCUGAAGAGUGUGUUUCAGCCGGAGUUGAACGACCGUGAAUUACCUAAGUUGGGCACAUUGCAUCUAUCAGACCUACCAGCUUGGACUAGUUCUGGCUACGGGUUUAAAUUGAACGAAUCAGUGACAAAACAUCUUAGAGUUAGCCACGUUAAAGGACUUCAAGAUAUUCACCCAGAUAAUGCAUCGAUGGAAGCCACUCCAGCUGAUGAGAAUUAAGAUUCAAUGGAAGACAAAAGACCUCAACAAAUAGAAAUACAAAGUAAAUAAAAAGAGGGCAGCCCAGAAGGUUUGAUCAUGUGAAAGAUGGAUAUGUGAAUAUGUGGUGUUUUCCUAUUAAGAUAUACUAUCAUAAAUAAAUGUUGAUCCGAGCUGCAAGCUGCCUCCUAGUAGUAAAUAGAAGACAAUAAACGGUUUCAAAGAUGAAGUGUCAUGUUUGAACUUAAGUCGCAAUGUCAUGUUUGAUGCUUAGUUUGAAGUGUUAGAAGAGUGCCCUUUGUUUUCAAGACUCAUAAAGUUUCAUGUAUGUACUACUAGUAUUAUUUAGUUUAAGCUUUCGAGUGUCCGUAUCAGAGUCAUUUAUUAGUUUAAGUCCAUGUUCCGGUGUCCUUCCAAUAAAUUUGUUAUUUUAGGCUUGGAAACCUUGUAUUUAUUUACCUGACAUGUUAUUUAUAUGUGUGUGAAAGAUUUAUUUUUCUUCAAA